AUGGCAGAGAAGGUCCGAAUGAGAGCGCGUGCGGAUUGUAGCAGUGAUGAUGAAGCGUACUGUUGCGCUGUUGCCGACGGCUGCGGUGAUGUAGGCCAGAGUGCAUGUGCCUGCUACUUCGAGGGAACCUUUCCGAAAUGCUGUGCGGAUUGUAGCAGUGAUGAUGAAGCGUACUGUUGCGCUGUUGCCGACGGCUGCGGUGAUGUAGGCCAGAGUGCAUGUGCCUGCCACUUCGAGGGAACCUUUCCGAAAUGCUGUCCUUUGUGCGGAGAAAAUGAGGAGUGCUGCAGCGAUGUAACAUGCACUGCCCUCAACAAUACGAAUAUAUCAGCCAACGAGGGAGAGGGUUUGUGCGCGUACGACUCAUCCCCCACAGGUGUAUGCUGUACGUAUACUCAGGGGUCUUGUGUCCUAUGUGAUUAA